UCCUCGUUCUUUCAUUCUCCGCGUGCAGUAGGAAAACACAAAAUGUGGUGAACACGAAGUUUCACGACAGUUUAGGUUAAUAUUAGCUGUUACUUUCACAAUUUUUUCUACACUUUCAACUAAAAUCAUCGUGCGCACUGUUCUGCUAUAAAAUGGAUUUGGAGGAGCGAGAUCUGGCCGCGCUAGAAGAACGGCUAUAUUCCUCCAUCCAUCAUGCUUAUGAGAAUCCGCAAAGCGUGUUCGAUCCAGCAUCGGUCACUCCUUCCACUACUGCACGCGUGGUGUCGAGAAACGCGGUAAUUAACAAUGGAUCCGGUACGCUGCCCGCCAAUAUGAAGCGGUAUUGGGCCGGCUCUGCCGUUCCCAGUUACGGCGAUCGUGGCGCCCCGUAUCCCGGGAACAAACCGCAAACGGGCGUCGCCCCGAAACCAUCCUCACCCGCAGCGACUGCCCCAGGAAACGUCAGCGAAGGAGGAAGCACAGAGGUUACUAAGAUGUUCAUCACGCCGUAUCAGUCGUUGCUGGGCAAUAUGGGCGAUCCACCGCCUGUGGAGAGUCCAUCAGUGCCGGUUGAAUCUGCCCAUCAAAGCACACCUGCCAUAGUAGCCCCCGCGGCUAAGCACAUCCCACAGAAAGAUCCAGGACUGCAGCUGAAGAAGAAGAAGCAAACCAAACAGCCGCUGCUGGCGGUAGAAAAGAAACUGGCCAACCUAACGAAGCUCAUCAACAAAGACAGGAAACAGGAGGCCGCACAAACGAUGGAAGUGAAGAAGGCAAAGGCAAAGAAAAUGAGACACCGCAAGCAGCAGCAACAAAUUGUGGCUGAAAUCAUACUGAACUCAUCCGACGACGAGGUGUCCAAGCCACGGCCAGCGAGAAAGGAACGUUCCUCCGCUCCUGUGCCAUUGUCCGACGAUGAGACGGAUGAGGUCAUAAUCAUACCAACACCACCGCCACCGCAAAUCUGUAUCGAUUGCAGCGACGAGGAGGAGGAACGGCCCCCGCCCAGCGUCCAGUUUGCGUUGCCCAAGUCUCAAAAGAAGAAGAAGAAAAAGCCUACCUCGUUUUCGCCGCGUUGCCUUAGCCCCUCGAACAGCUCGAUCAUGUCGGACGAUUUCAUUGGCCAGCACGAUCGGUCCCGUUUGAACGACAGCUUCACCGAAAGCAUACCGAACGACGAUGAGCUGGAAUGCUCGGUCGAAGGUGCUCCCCGGCCCGGUGCCUCCGGCAAGGGGAAGAAGAGCGCACCCGAGGCGCGGCAGGAGAGGGUCCCGUCGAUCUCGUCGGAAGACACGGUAUGCACGAGCAGCGAGACGACCGAUCAGGAAAAGCGGCCCCAGGAAACGGAAAAAGGAAGCGCAUCCAAAACACAAUCUCAGCAGUGCAAUGAAUCCUCUACGAAAGGUAAAAAGGAUAGCGCGACGAACACUAAAAAGACUCCAUCGAAGGUGAAAGCAUCAAAAGCGGUUCCGGCAUCUCCCAAUAUCGUAGCAGCAGCGGUUUCUCCAAGCGUUGCUAAGAACAAUACAAACAGCAACAAAGCAGUGGCUACUGGGUCCAACGACACUACCAGCAUCGCUAAACCUCAGGGAAAGACCAAAGCAAGAAGCAAAUCUCCCCUCACAUUAGUGCUGGAGGCUGCUAGGAAACAUUUCGAGAUGGAACCGAAGCAGCCGCGUGAUGGUUCGACCAAGAAAACGAAAUCCAAAAAAGAUAGUUCAGUGCAAAAGGAACCAGCAGCAACCGCGGGCACCGCUACAGAGGAGGUAGCAAGCGAAUGUGCUGUAAAUGAACCCGUACCAAGCAAAAGCACCGCCGGCCCGAAAGGGAAGAAGAAAAAGAACCUCACCACCAUCGCGCCCGUCGACGAUGUCGUGUCGUCUGAAAGCGAUUACGACAUUGCUCGGCCGGUCAGCAAAGCCAGCACCCCUAAGGGACCACCGGGGAAGAAAUCACGCCGCUCGGCGUCCAAUUUCUUCGAGCAGAUGGGCGAUGUAUCGUCCGAAAGUGAUUACGACGAGAGCUUCCUGCAGGAGGAGAAGGGCAACGAGAAGCACAAACAGGCGAAGGAAUCGAAGAAGCGGCUCGGCCGCAAGCGAAAGCAGUACAACUCGGAAACGUACUCCGACGAAGACUUUGCCUGUCUGCUGACCGACAUUGUGCGGGCGGUUUCGGACACCGAGGAUGAGGAGGACGAGGAUGACAAUGAUGAUGACGCUGACGGUGAUGUGGCCGCUUUGCUGGCGAAUGAAGGUAAAACAGGCACCAAAGCGGCAGAUACGGUUGCUACCAGCAAGAAGCGAAAACAAAAUAGCCUCACUGAACAGCAAACGCCCUCGAAAGCCGCUCGCAAUCCGAAGAAAAAGAAAAAGCUUAAUGAGCAACCACCGGCAGCUACCAGUGAGGAGCUUCCUGCCGAUCAGGAACAGCCAGAAGUUGUUGUUGUUAAGAAGAAGAAGAAACAGAAGGAACCGAAAGCCAGUGCUAAGAAGCGGCUCGCUGGCAGUGGUUGUAGCACUCCCGAGGUUCAGGCCGUUUGUUUGGAGCAGAGCAGCACAAACACGCCCGCACAACGGUCAAAGGAUUUGAUGGAAGAAGAUUCGAGAGCAGUGAACAGCGCGACUUCAGAGCCGGACCAAAUUCAAAUCAUUGCCGAUUCCGACGUCGAUGGAGACGAUGAUGAUGAUGAUCUGCGGAUAAUCGAUAAUAGCUUCAACGGUCGAUCUUCGGUUGCUUCUGGCGGCUCGUGUUCUAGCAAAGCACCACCGGUCGGUCCCGACUGUGCGUGGAACGACGAAAUGAAGCAGUUCUAUAACACAUCGUGGGCGGAUGAGGACCUCAAUUUGAAAUCAAUUCUGAGACAGAUGCCCCGCGAUAGCAGACAUUGGUACUUACUGCUCAAGGAUCGUUACCCGGACCCUCCCAGGAAGGAAAUCAUUUGCAGCAACUGCGGUGAGCGGGGACACGUGAGAUUCAAGUGUCGAAACGCGCCGAAACUGGUCACCUGCUACAUGUGCGGCGAGCAAGGACACAGGGAACCACGCUGUCCGAAAACGAUCUGCCUGAACUGUGGCGCCAAGACGCGCAACUUUGUCCGUGGUUGCAAAACGUGCGCACGGGAUGCUGACACUAUCUGCUUCUCCUGUGGGGUGCGUGGUCAUACUCAGCGUAGCUGUCCGGAUCUCUGGCGGCGAUAUCACAGUACGAUUGAGGAUAAUGUACCGUUGAAGGAGGAUUUCGUGAAAAAUCCGAAAGCACGGUGGUGCUGCGUCUGUUGCCGGCACGGCCACCAGGCCCACAAGUGCAACGAUGCGCGUCGGAUCUUCGGCCACCCGAUACCAAAUACAAGCGUGAGCUCCUACCUGCCAGCCUACCGUGGCGAGUACAAUCGCUCCAGUAAGCGUCAGACGGAGGAACAGCAGCGGCGACUGGCGCUCGAUCCGACCGCUCGGUACAAUCUGCUCAGCAGCGACGCCAACGAGUGCGAGCUAAAUUUGUCCGAGAUGACGCAGAACGAGAACGGGUUCUACUACAACUUUCUGCGAACUACUGGCCUGCUGGAAAAGUACGAAAAGCGGCCGAGUGUGGAUGAUGUUGUGGAAGUUGUCGAACAGCAGCAGCAGCAGCAGCAGCAGGAAGAAGCGCCACCAGAAGUGAAGCAGGAAAAUGAUGAGGUACUAUUGAUAGAAUCUUCUCCACCAGCGGAGCCGGUUGUUUCGCAGCAGGAUCAGAACGAAAUAGAACAACCUAAGGAGGAAGAGAUGUCCCCGCAGGUCACACCAGCGCCAUGCAACCAAACUGACAGCCAACGAGCUGCCCUAACGAUAGUGGAAGAAAAUUCCAACUACAGUUUUUCAGAGUUUCAUACCGAAGAAGAAAAGCAGCCCGAAGUGGCUUGCGAAACCAGCGGCGGUGGCAUCACAUCUCGCCCAUCGGAGGAUCGAACGUCGGCUAAUAUUAACAGCAGUCAAGGUCAACAAGCAGCGCUCUCUCUUGAUUUUAUUCCACUUUCUACUGAGCCUGAAGUGCCAGAUCUAUUUACACUACCACCACUGCCACCCAGACCGCCGCGACCACAGCGACCGCCGCUGCCAAUACUACCCACUGCCGAACAGGCUUCACUAUCUUCGCCGCAACCGACGCCGGAACCGCCAGCAAAUGCCAUUGUGAGAGCUGCUGAACCGGAUCGUUCAAUAAUGCCAAAGGCGGGCGAACCGGUCGAAACGGAUGCCAAAGUGGUGCUCAGCAAAGACCAUGCCAAGGUGCUGCUGUCGCUGAAGGGUAGCGAGUUUCUUAACGAGGCCGGCCAAAGGUACAACGUGCGAUUAAGCAUAACGUUCGAAUCGGUCGGCAAUAUGUUGCAAAUUCACGGCACAACCGAGGCGCAGGACCGGUUUCAUGAGGAGUUGGUGCGCUACCUCUCGGACGGUACGCAGCAACCGGUAAUUGCAGACGACAACAACAUCGAAUAUAAUAACUGUCCUAAGCUUUCAAACAAAUUGGCGAAAUACAUCAGAGGCCAUUUAAAGCAGCUGGUAUCUUCACAACAUUUGCCAAUGAGUAAACUAUUGGAGAAUUGGUCCAAUGCAACCCAGGCAACCAUUGCGAGGCAUCGCCGCAAAUUGAACAUUCUGCUGUUCGGUGUGUAUGGAAUGCGGGAAGGACGAAAGUACCUCAAUGUACUGCGAACCCAACUGGCAUUAUGUUUGCAAACGAAGCCACGGGACAGUGAGGUCUCUCAAGCUCAGCGUGACACCGUAAAUGAAGCGAUUCGGUACAUAUUUACGGGGUACGAUCAUAAAGAUUAUUUAACAUUGGCCGAAGAGUUUGAGGAACUGGAGCAUUCAAACAAGUUGAGAAGGAUAACAUUCUUUGAUUUGGAAGUUCAACAAAGACCACUAAAGGCUGACGCCGUAAAUAAAAAUAAAACCUGCUGUAAACGCCCUACGCAACAUGCAGCCGAUUACCAUUACCUAAAAUUUAUUGAAACUCUGAAAAAACAACCACAGAAAAAGCAAAAUAAGUCGCCAAUCGUGAAAAAAGACGCGAAAAAACCUCGCACCAGGUCUAACAGCAUAGCAGAGAAACGGGCCCAACUAGACUGGAAUCACCACCAGGAGCAGCACGAGGAGCAACGUUUCAAUCAAGAAGAACACCAAGCCAACGAGUACAUUGAUACCGAUACGACGAUGCAUCAUCAUGAUGAGGGCGAUAGGAGCUAUGCCGAUGAUUUCAUUAUGAACACGUACGCCGAUCAGCAGAUUGAUUCGGAUCGUCUCGACCAGCUGGACAGCUCAACGCGCCACGUGCAGGAAUCGGAUUGGAUGGCAAACGGAUCCAACUACCAGCAACAGCAGCAGCUGCAGCAGCAGGACUUUCCGCAACAUAGCAACGAGUGGUACGAUGAUCGCGAUCAAAACCGGUGGACAGUGUUUGAUAGCACGCCACCACAGACGGAACACCGUUUCCAAUGGUUCGGACAGUCGAACGACGUGGGCCCUAGCGGUCCGUCGGGUGCUUUUCCCGCUAAUGUAGCACGUCUGACCGAAUGGGACAACACACUGCGCGAGCAGGAGUUGAGCCAGCUGGAACGACUGCAGAACAUGUUGCGGUGAUGAGAGAGGUGGUGGCUUUCGCGAAAGAAACCCUGUCACCGUUCAUGAGAGUUGGUAGCAGAAAUACAGGCGCUCAUGAAAGUGUACGAUAAAUA